CAGCCCUCCCCUCUUUUCCCCACAGACAUCGCCAAAUCCCAUUCGCUUCUCUCCUCUCUCUCUAUAAAUCUCUUCUAUUGCAUAUAUAUACCUAAGAUCAUAUAAAAGACUCUUCCUUUCGAAUUCUUACCGCUCUAAUUCCAAAUCAUUUCUUGUUUUCUCUCAUCAUCUGCUCUUCAACGACUGUAUAUAAACCCUAGAUCAUUCAAUUUCACAUCUUCAAGUAUUGUGGAAGUUGGUGGAUCCUGGGCAAUAUUUGGAUUGAGCUGAUUUGAUGGCAGAUCCUCAAGGUAUGGAAGGGAGCCAGCCAGUUGAUCUCUCUAAGCAUCCCUCGGGAAUUGUUCCAACUCUCCAGAAUAUUGUCUCUACUGUCAAUUUGGACUGCAAAUUAGAUCUUAAAGCUAUAGCAUUGCAGGCUCGUAAUGCAGAAUACAAUCCCAAGCGUUUUGCUGCUGUGAUUAUGAGGAUUCGAGAACCAAAAACAACAGCAUUGAUAUUUGCAUCCGGAAAGAUGGUGUGUACAGGAGCCAAGAGUGAAGAGCAAUCCAGAUUGGCUGCCCGAAAGUAUGCUAGAAUUAUUCAGAAGCUUGGCUUCCCUGCAAAAUUCAAGGAUUUCAAGAUUCAGAACAUAGUUGGCUCCUGUGAUGUAAAAUUUCCCAUUCGACUUGAAGGGCUGGCCUAUGCUCACGGAGCCUUUUCCAGUUACGAGCCAGAACUGUUCCCUGGAUUAAUCUAUCGAAUGAAACAACCCAAGAUCGUGCUACUUAUCUUCGUUUCUGGGAAGAUUGUCCUUACUGGAGCUAAGGUUAGAGAUGAGACCUACACUGCCUUUGAGAAUAUAUACCCUGUUCUCACCGAAUUCCGGAAAGUUCAGCAAUGAUAUGGUGAUGAUAGUGUUGUGUACUUCAAUUUUUAUUAUGAGUGAUUCUUGAUGAAGUUGGAUGUCUGAUUCUAAAGGAGGGAAAGAAGAGGUCAAGUUCAGUGCUGGUUUGGGAUUGAAGUGUAAAUAUGAUUAGGGGAUUAGACUGGCUGGCUGGUUGGGUAAUACUGUUCCUGGUAGGGGAAUGAAGCAAGGCCUUUUUUGAACUGUCAGUGCUCCACAUAUUCAAUGUGUAUUCAGAGAGGAAAAAAAAAAGAUAAAUAAACUGUAGCGAGUUUCUUAUCAUUUGCGUUUCUCUGUACCUCCCAUCAAAUCAUAUACGGUUAUUGUAUUUUUUUUUCUAUGUAAGAUUGUUGAACCA